AUGUGUUUUGCAAAUCGAAGUCGCUGCAAGCGAUGCAGUAAGGAAACCAUCCAAUACGUUUCCAAAUGCGAGCAAUACCCCGAGGUCACCACCGAAACCGCCACCCACGCCAUUCGAGGACGACAUCUCCGAAUCAGAUGCUGCAAGGAAUGCAAACGCACUGAGAGACGACGAGCUGCAGAAGAAGCUGAAUCAACCACUAUGCAUCACGAACAGGCCAAAGCUAUCAUUGAAUGGCAAAGAUUGGAGCGACCGCUUCCAUUGACCGAUGAAGCUAUUUCUAGUAAGUACGCUGAGCUUUUCAUGAAGAAAGAGAGACUUCAUCCUUACUGUAUUGGCUUUACUGACAUUCAUAGAAAUUACAUGUCAGGACACAGACAACAUCUCGCGGCCCGUGCUAAGGAGAUCCUAGAUGCACUUGCGGAAGUCGAUCAUGAUUUGACUGAUGAUGAAUUUCAAGUCGUCUCCAUGGUUCUCUCUGAAGAUGCAAUGUUUGACGAGUGUAUUCAAAGACAAGCCGAAAUCGAUUCUGGUUCCAGAACCAUGACGGAAUCCGACCAAGGAUUUUCAUUCCACGAAGUUGGCAACACUCAAAACUUCAACAGAGCCAUUGAAACUGUCGCAUUAGCAGCGAAGAGAAACAACUUCGGAACUUGGACCACGGAGAUGCCGGACCGCUAUGUUGCCGAAGAUAGAGUUCGUCGCGAAAUCAUCUCCUAUAUCGACGCCUUGGAACGUGCCAACGCGGAUGAUGAUAGAAUCGACAAAUUCAUCAGCCAGGUCAUGCGCGAAUUCCAUGACGACGAGGAGACCUUCGACUUCGAUCCCAAGGCCCGCACCUUGGCGAGUGAAAUCCCUGUAUGGGGCAGAGUCGAAGAUCGUAAGACCUUCUGCGAAUGGAAACACGAGAACCAACCAUCUUCAGAUAGUCUCACAGGAAAAUUCGACCGUUGGUAUAAACUCAUCAAUCAGUAUCGGCAGUAUUUGGUCGAAGUUGCUCCAGCCCAGGCCACUCUAUUCUCCAUUUCACGAAACACCAUCGCCGCACGUAUGUUUCGAGCUCUCGCUGGGCGACCGGAACCAGCACCAUUAGCAAACGUGGCCGAGCCCGAACAGACCGAACUCCAGCCACAGGAUGACGAAGAUGUUGAACUCAGUUCCUUGGAACUAGGCGAUUACAUUGAUUCUGAUUCCGAGGACGAUCCUUCCAACAUGGCAUUAUCAGAUUCCGACGACGAAUCCAGCGGAAUAGAGAUGACACCCUCCCGACAAAGAAUCCAGCAAUCCCUUGCCGGACUCGCGCAGCUGGUUCAAACCUCUAACGAAUUCAUCCGCGACCUCCCGGGCCUCGUCGACACCGGAGCUGCCUAUCUCAACCAAUGCAUUCGCUUCUUGGACGACCAAUUAGCUAGCGAUAGCUAUCCCACAGAAGCAGAAUGGGAGAUUGUGAGACAGUACACCGCGAAUGCCAUGGAGAUGCUCAAUCAUUUGAACGAUGAACGCAAUGCGAGAGCUAGCAGACAAGCCGAAGAAGUCGAAGAAGCUAGCGCUUGGCGCGAACCUACACCAGAACCAGAACCCUUCUUCGUUGAUGUCACACCGAUGGAUGUUGGAGUUAUCGAAGCAGAACCCGACAAUAUCGCCUAUGGCCGUCGCAGUAUCUUUGGUCUUCCAUCACCGGUCGAAGGCAGCGAAUGGUUGCGAGUAGAGGAGGGGAGCGAGGAUGGAGAUGUCUGGCGUGGUGAAUUGUUUGAAGAGGAUGAAUAG